AUGGCAUCUGUUAACAAAAACGGGAGCAGCUCACGUUUGCAAAGUCGGAAGCCACCUCAUCUUUCCAUCACCAUCCCUCCCACUGAAGGCGCCGGAGAUGCUAAACAGACUCGGCCUUUGGCUAAACCAGUGUACCAUAAAAGUGUGAGCCUUCAGGAACCUCAGCGAACAGAAGAAGUAGCCCCAAAUGAAAGACCUGGCUUCAGAAGACAAACGUCACUAUCCCAGAGCAUAAGAAAGGGCACAGCCCAGUGGUUUGGUGUAAGCAAUGAUUGGGAGGGAAAGCGACAACAGUGGCAGCGUAAAAGUCUUCAUCACUGCAGUCUCCGAUAUGGAAAGCUUAAACCUCAGUAUCAGAGGGAUAUGGAACUGCCCAGCCAGGAAACUCCCUCCUUCCAGGCCACAGAGUCCCCUGCCACUUACCGAAUGCCCAAGAUUGUUGAUCCGUUGGCACGAGGAAGGGCCUUUCGUCAACCAGAUGAGGUGGAUCGGCCACGAACCCCUCACGUAGGAGUUGCCCCAGUGACCCCUGGAGUCCUAUCACUAACCUCCUUCACCAGUGUGCGUUCAGGUUACAGUCGUUUUCCAAGACGGAAGAGAGAGAGCGUGGCACACAUGAGUUUCCGGCUGCAGCCGCUAUCAUAAAGGGUCGCCCCAUAUUAGACACUCCUCACAGCAGGAAAGCUGGACUGAAGAGAAGCUUUGCCUAUCCAAGCUUUAUGGAUGAGGACAUAGUAGAUGCCCCAGAUACUCUGGAUUCCUCCUUCUUCAGUAAGGUGGACAUGCAUGAUGAAACCUUCUCUAUGCCAGAUGACGUUUUUGAAUCUCCUCCUCUCUCUGCUGCUUACUUCCGAACUCCUGUGCCAACAACUGAUGAUGCUCCCAUUACAAGUGGUUUUUGCAGGAGAGAAUUUGUAAGGCCUUCUCCUACUUUGGCUGGCCACCCUCGUAGAGGCAAGCGCAUUGCAUCUCAGGUGAAACACUUUGCCUUUGAUCGUAAGAAGCGCCUGUACGGCCUGGGCGUUGUUGGGAAUUGGCUAAACAGAACCUACAGACGGAGUAUCAGCAGCACAGUGCAGAACCAGUUGGAGCAUAUUGACAGUCACAGGCCUUACUUUACCUAUUGGAUCACCUUUGUCCAUGUGCUCAUCACUUUGCUUGCCAUUGGUACAUAUGGCAUUGCACCCAUUGGAUUCGCGCAACACACCACCACUGAACUGGUCCUAAGGAACAAAGGUGUGUAUGAGAGUGUGAAAUACAUACAGCAGGAAAACUUCUGGAUAGGCCCUAGUUCGAUAGCUCUGAUUCACCUUGGAGCAAAGUUUUCGCCCUGCAUACGUCGAGAUGCACAAAUUGAGCGCUUGAUCCAGAGAGAGCAUGAUCUAGAACGGGAGUCUGGCUGUUGCAUUCAAAAUGAUAAUUCGGGCUGUGUGCAGACACUACAGCGGGUUUGCUCGGAAACACUGGCAACUUUUAUAAAGUGGCCAGCAUACAACGCACCUGAGAAGGAUGGGCAGAAGAGGGUGUCAGGAGCUGUGUGCCAUCAAGACCCCCGGACUUGUGAGGAGCCGGCUUCCAUCACGCCACAUGUCUGGGCUGAUGACAUCACUAAAUGGCCAAUAUGUACGUACCAGUCCAAAAAUAACCACACUGGAUUCAAGCACAUGGACUGUGAAAUCAAAGGACGGCCUUGCUGUAUUGGUACUAAAGGAAGUUGUGAAAUAACAACACGGGAGUAUUGUAAUUUCAUGCAUGGAUAUUUUCAUGAAGAGGCCACACUUUGUUCACAGGUCCACUGUUUAGAUGAAGUUUGUGGUUUGCUGCCAUUUCUGAAUCCCGAAGUGCCAGAUCAGUUUUAUAGACUGUGGCUGUCGUUGUUCCUUCAUGCUGGGGUAAUUCAUUGCUUGGUUUCAGGGAUUUUCCAGAUGACAGUCCUACGUGACCUAGAGAAGCUGGCAGGCUGGCUUCGUAUUUCCAUCAUCUACAUCCUGAGUGGCAUCACAGGGAACUUAGCCAGUGCCUUAUUCCUGCCUUACAGGGCGGAGGUUGGCCCUGCCGGAUCUCAGUUUGGCCUCUUGGCAUGCCUUUUUGUUGAGCUCUUCCAGAGCUGGCAGAUCCUGGCCAAGCCAUGGAAAGCCUUCUUCAAGCUUUUUGGCAUUGUCCUCUUUUUGUUCAUGUUUGGACUGCUCCCAUGGAUUGACAACAUAGCUCACAUUUUUGGCUUCAUCAGUGGUCUACUUCUGUCCUUUGCCUUCCUACCAUAUAUUACUUUUGGUACAGCUGACAAGUAUCGCAAGAGAAUCGUGAUAAUCAUCUCUCUGGUGGUUUUUAUUGGUCUGUUUGCUUCUUUAGUCAUCUGGCUUUAUGUACAUCCAAUUAACUGGACAUGGAUAGAAUACUUGACCUGUAUCCCUUUUACCAACAAGUUCUGUGAGAAGUAUGAUAUAGACCACGUGCUCCACUAG